GCACACUGUCUACGAAAAAAGGUCGGUUACAUUUGGCGCCCCAUACUACCCAGGCCUCAUAAGGAUCACCUUCAUGAUGACCUAAUUAAGAUAUAUAUGAGCAUAAUUUAACCACAUGAGGUCGCCACAUACUUAGCAAUUAGCAGGUACACCUAUGGAACAAAGCGAGUUUACUGUAAUGGCAUUAGCCACUGAAUUCCUUAACGCGAUUUAUAAAAAAAAGAACACAACUUUGAACUUGCAAAAAGUCCAUCGUAUCAUAUAAAUAAAUAAAUUCCCACGUUAUAGCUUGGAGCACUCUGCCACCUGCUCACAGCGAGCAGCCCUUAGUGGAGCAGUAAGACCUCAGCCUGCUGGAUGAGAGAGAACCACAGGCGAGGAACCGGUGAUGUGAGAGGGGACUAGUAGCCUACAAGAUGACUCAUGUCGUUGACUGAUGAUGACUUCAAACAUCCUGACACUCCAACUCUCACUCCUACGCCUCCUCUCUCAAGACUGGAAAACACAUCAGAGCACCAAGGACGGAGGAAUCAGCUGCGACAAUCGGGAGGCGCGAUCCUCCCGGAGAUCAUCAUCACCUCCUUCGGAAGAAGGAGGCGUGAGCGGCGGAGCAGUGACCUCGAAAGUGGACUUGCAUCCUAACCAGCAUAAUAAUCAUAACGCCAGCAGCCCACAGGGAUUUCUCAACCUAGAUAUUGACUUGACCAUACCAAAGCCACAGGAAAGCAAUCUCAGCCAUCACAUUGGAAACACUUCAGACUCUGUUAACACCAGCCUCACCAGCAACACCACCACUGUGACGCUCAGAUCACCAGGCCAUGUCCAGUACAACGCUGGAGGCACAGGGCCAACAUGUGCCUAUCGCCUGCUGGAGCAGGAUGGCACGGAUCACCUCUGUUUUCGCCAAACUCAACGUCAUCUCACUUGCCCCAGCGCAGACUGCCAGAGAGUGAAGUCCCCUGGAGGGUCGUUGGUGGCCAACUUGUUCGCCAAUGGCAGCGUGCUAAUCCAGUGGACAGCCCAGGACACUCAAUUGGCAGACAGAUGGGGUACGACAGAGCAGACCCUGCAUCGCGCCCACCGCACUGCCGUGGAGGCUCAGGGUACUGGGUUGGAGGAGCAGGAGGGGGGUACACCCACAGCAGCCCAGCCUAGGGUCCCAGAGCGAGGGGUGCACAGGCAACAGGGUGGCUUCAGGCUGAGCUGCUGGUGGAAUGGCAGCUACACACAGUUUGAGUGUACAGGCGUCCAUCUUGGCUCCAGCUGCAGGGACUACAUGCUGACCGAGUUGCAUGAGAAUGUGGCCUACCGCAUCUGCCUGCGACCCCUGAUGACCACAGCGCAUGGGUCUAUCGCUGAUGGCGAAAACUGUGUGGAGUUUAACGUCUCUCCCACUGGGAUGCAGGACAUUGUGAUUGCCAUGACGACGGUGGGAGGAGCCAUCUGUGUGAUGCUGGUCAUCAUCUGUCUGUUGGUGGCCUACAUCACUGAAAACAUCAUGAGUCCCACCACACACACACAUAUGUCACACACUCACACUCACAUAACACAGUCACAUAACAAUCACUAACACCACCCACACGUAAACAGGAAAUCACCUCGGGUAUGUCAGUUGCACACACAGACACACACUCAUAUGUUACACUUUCGACAGAAAUAUUGAUAUUAGUCAUCGGACAGAAAGUUAAUGCAUGUCAUAUCCUCCACACCACACUAGAUAAAAACAUUAUGACAUCAUAAUUUCAUCUUGACUUGAAAGAUUAACCUCUACUGUAUUGUCAAAUACAUUCUCAGAAUUGCUGAAUUUCUUCUCUUAUCAAUAAUGUAUAAAGGAUCAAGAUUCAUUUAUUAAGUGUUACUCCUCAUAAUAAAUAUUCAUAAUAAAUGGAAGACUACUUUAGUUGUGUAAAAUGCCAAAUGCAAUUUGCCUAAAGGCAUUGAUUCAGUGUGUAUUUGUAUGUGGUCUUUGUUCAUUAGGUUUUCACAUAUGUACUACAGAAAUAAGUUGAUGUGCAAUAGGUUACAAAUCAUCAAGCCAAAAGUUUUCUUUUUGUAAGAGUUAUUUUCACCGACUACGCUGUACAUGCUAAUGAACCCCAAAACCUGACAAUACAACGUAUAUGCCUUAUAAUUUCACACCUGUGCUCGCAAAGUAGAAAUAAAUGCUGUAUGUUUAUUUUAGGGACCUAGACUGUUUGUCAAUACUGUGCUCUACCCUUGUGAUCAAUAAAGCAAUCUUGAGAUUAUGAAUUAUA